AUGAAUAGUCAAGAACACCAAGAUGUUGACUUGGACGUGGUGAUCAUUGGAGCAGGCAUUGGCGGUAUCUCAGCAGGCUAUUACAUUGGACAAUUGAAGAAUUACUCGUAUGCAAUCUUUGAAGCGCGAGAAGAGCUUGGUGGUACGUGGUCCAGCUUCACUUACCCAGGAGUUCGGUCAGAUUCAGAUAUGUUUACGCUAUCUUUCCCAUUCAACCCAUGGACCAAGAGCAACUCGGUAGCAGAAGGUGACGAGAUCUUGGAAUAUAUCAAACAAACAGCAAAGAAGUUUGAUAUUGACAAAAAGAUAAUUGUUGGUCAUAAUGCUACUGAUUUGGACUGGUCCAGCGAAGAUCAGCGAUGGACGUCCACAUUCAAGAAGCUAGACGGUUCCUCUGCUGUGAUCACUUCUCGCUUUCUGAUGCUGGCUACUGGAUACUUUGAUCAUGAACAAGCCCAUUUUCCUGAUCUUCCUGAUAAAGAUACAUUUAGAGGUCCGCUCAUUCAUCCACAAUUUUGGCCGAAAGAUGUUGACUACGAAAACAACACUGUAGCUGUCGUUGGUUCAGGAGCUACGGCGAUCUCCAUCGUCCCACACUUAGCACAGAAAGCGAAACUUGUGACAAUGGUACAACGGUCACCAACCUACAUCACUACUCGUUCUAGGGUUGACAGUAUUGCGAAACUGCUUUUGAAACUUUUGCCUUUGAAUUUGGCAGCAAUCAUUCUGUUCUUUAUAUACGAGAUCGUGUUAACGAUUAAAAUUUUCCUCUACAAAACCUUACCGAAUUUUGGUAGACGGCAAUUGCAGGGCUAUGUCAAAAAGCAACUACCUAAACAUGUACCGCUCGAUCCGCAUUUUGUACCCAGGUACAAUCCAUUCGCUCAACGUCUUUGUUGGACAAUAGAUAGCGACUUGUUUGUCUCGAUGCGAGAAGGAAAAGUGUCAGUCGUGACGGGAGAUAUCAAGCAAGUCACAAGCGGUGGCAUUGAGAUGGAAGACGGCCAAUUUGUCCAAGCUGAUAUCAUCAUUCAGGCCACAGGUAUACAGUGUAAACUUCUUGGAGGCACAAAGAUUACGAUUGAUGGCAAGAAAUUCAACCUUGGAGAGACCUUUCUCUAUCGUGGAAUGAUGUUGGACGGUGUUCCGAAUGCGGUUGUGUUGUUAGGUUAUCUCACGUCCUCUUGGACAAUUGGUAUUGCGCAAACAUGUGAAUACUUUUGCAACUUAAUCGAAAAGAUGGCAAACGAAGGUCACAAUCAAGUCACUCCAAUAGCUGGUCCCGAAGUGAAAGAGACCACUAAACCUUUUCCUUUGACUUCUGGCUUCUUGGUCAGAGCGUCUCAUAUGCUGCCAAAAAGCGCUGAUAGCUGGGUAUGGCGUUACCGCUCGGAACCACUCCUGGAUUGGCUCGACAUUAGGCUCAACAAUAGGCAUCAAUCUCUCGAAUUCAAGUAG